CAAGAUUCGAUCUUGCGAACUCCCAAACACACAACUUAAACCCUCUUUGUCCCCUCUGCAUCGCAGAUAAGCCCCUCUCUCUCCCUCUCUCAUAGACCAUGUCCGCCCUCCUCCGAGCUAUACCCACAAUAGUUCUCCGAACCAAACCCAUCUCUCUUGCUCAUCGUCCUCUGUUUUGCCUCAAUUCCCAUAAAAUCAUAAAGCCCAAAAGAUUUAUAAAACGGAGUCUUUCCUCUAUUUCUGCUUCUGCUUCUGCUUCUGCCUCUCCACUGUCUUCCACAGAAACUUCAGUUCCUAAUACUAAACAACCAGGAAUUCUUUUCAAAGAAACUCUUGAAUGGGUCAAUCGAACUGGGUUCUGCGGCCAAUUAUCGGAACAUGAUGUGGGCAAACGGGUUCGGCUUUGCGGGUGGGUGGCGCUUCACCGUGUUCAUGGUGGUCUCACUUUCCUUAACCUCAGAGACCACACUGGACUUGUUCAGGUUACUACGCUUCCUGAUGAGUUCCCUGAGGCUCAUUCUGUUGUGAAUGACUUGAGACUUGAGUAUGUGAUAACUGUGGAAGGUGUUGUUCGGUUGCGGCCAAGUGAGUCAGUGAACAAGAAAAUGAAGACUGGCAUGAUAGAGGUUGCUGCAGAGCUUGUUCAUAUUUUAAAUGCCGUGAGAUCUAAGUUGCCAUUCUUGGUUACUUCAGCAGAUGAUGCCAAAGAUUCUGUUAAAGAGGAAAUCCGUUUGAGAUAUCGAUGCCUUGAUUUACGCCGGCCGCAAAUGAAAUCCAACAUAAUGUUACGGCAUAAAGUGAUCAAACUUAUUCGGAGGUACCUAGAGGAUAUACAUGGUUUUGUGGAGAUUGAGACUCCAAUACUCUCUAGAUCUACUCCUGAAGGUGCCCGAGAUUAUUUGGUGCCCUCAAGAGUUCAGCCAGGGAUGUUCUAUGCUUUACCUCAAAGUCCACAGCUGUUUAAGCAAAUGCUAAUGGUCUCUGGUUUUGACAGAUAUUACCAGAUUGCAAGAUGUUUCCGGGAUGAAGAUCUCAGGGCAGAUAGACAACCAGAGUUUACACAGUUGGAUAUGGAAUUGGCUUUCACUCCUUUGGAGGACAUGCUGAGGCUCAAUGAAGAUCUGAUUAGACAGGUUUUCCUCAAGAUCAAAGGCGUCCAGCUACCUAACCCUUUCCCCAGGCUUACAUAUGCUGAUGCGAUGAAUCGAUAUGGUUCAGACAGGCCAGAUGUUCGUUUUGGUCUUGAAUUAGAGGAUGUAAGGUCUCCGUUCACUUAG